CCCCCCCCCCCUUUUCUAUACAAAACCAGCCGCGGGCCUCCAUUUCGAGCGCAGAAGCGAGAGAGGGAGCCGGAGCAGCCGCAGUCCCACCGACCCCCGCCGAUCCCGCCGCCGGUCGCCCUCAUCUCCUCGCCGCUGCCUCUCGUUUCUCUUUUCAAUAAUCAAGAUGAGCCGUGGUGGUAGCGCCGGCGGUGGUCAAAGUUCUCUGGGAUACCUCUUUGGAAGCGGUGAGCCCCCCAAACCAGCAGUGGCACCACCAGCUGCAUGUGCUCCACCUGCUGAGAAACCAUCGGCUGCAAAGCCUGAUGCCACCAAACAGGUUGCUGCUGGGGUCACCAGCCAAACCAAUAACUACCACAGGGCUGAUGGCCAGAACACCGGGAACUUCCUUACGGAUCGUCCUUCGACGAAGGUCCACGCUGCUCCUGGCGGUGGCUCUUCCCUGGGCUACCUGUUUGGUGGCAAUUGAUGCCCACGUCGGAGCUCACCAAGUUAUCCUCCCCUGCCCCGCUGCAUGUUAUGCCAUGUCUGAAUCAUGAACAACUGGUGUUGUCGUUUCAUGUGUGUGUGUGCCCCCGUGCAAUGCUUUGUGCGCAUGGUUGAUUUCUCUGUGGCAAACCUCCCGACCCGCAUGGGGCCGUAAUCUGUCUCUAAAUUUCAGGGCAAAUCGUGUGCCUGAACCCUCAUCAUAAGUCGUCGUUGUACCAAGCUUGUUUCGUUUACACCUCUGUGAUGGUAUGGCUUGGUUGCUGCCCACUGGAUCUAUCUGUCUA